GUGACACCAUCUCUUCGUGAUCCAUAGAGUUAUUGAACUAUGCAGUGCAUGCUUCAAGGAUCGUUAACGUUAACCAAAAUAAAUUGGGAUUCAUAAUCAGGCAAUGGAUAGCAUUGCACUAGCUUGUGUUGUUGCGGAAGAGGAAACAAAUGCUUUGAGAAAACUUCGAAACAACCUUAGGAAGAAGACAAAUGUGAUGGAGCUGCCUGAUGCAGAGUUUAUGAAGAACUUCCGCUUGAAUAAAGAAGCAUUCGAAUACGUUCUUCACGAAAUCGAAGAAGAGUUACCACCGAGUAAACACGGUGGACUUUCAGCGAGGGAUAAACUAAUUGCCUGUCUCCGGUUUUUUGCGGAGGGCAGUUAUCAACACGGUGCUGGCAAAGAUUAUGACAUCGCGAUAGCACAACCUACAUUCUCUAAGGUCCUCGGUCAAAUGCUUGUCAUUUUAGAGAGAAAAAUCUGUCCAAAAUGGAUUACAUUGGUCAUGUCGGAUGAAGAGAUGCGAGAAGCGAAACUUUACUUCUAUCGAAAGUCAACUAUUCCAGGUAUCAUCAUGUGCGUGGAUGGUACGCAUGUUAAAAUAAUUCCUCCAAAGAAAAAUCGUAAUCUGUUUUACAAUAGAAAAGGAUUUUACAGUUUGAAUGUUUUGAUUGUGAUGCAGGGUAUCCAUCUGAACCAUGGUUGUUGACACCAUACAGAGCUGCCAAUGAAGGAAGUCCAGAAAGUGAAUUCAACCAAAAGCAUAGCAGAGCACGUGGAAUAGUUGAAAGAACGAUAGGAGUGUUAAAGAACCGAUUUAGAUGUAUAUU